AUGAGUGCCAACCCUAGUGAUAACGGUCGCCAAGCACUCUGGAGCGAGCGAGCUACAGACCGCCAGCCGGACGCGAUCCACGAGUACAAGGGCCGGAUAGCAGGGGCGUCGACGCGGAAGGGUUCCGACUCGUGGCGGGAAGUACACGAAACGGGCAGGUGGGCCAAGGAGGAAGCGGCAAAUGUUCAUGGGCUAUUGGAGGCGGGAGUUUUCAAGCUCAACCAGGCAGGAAUUAGGUCGUUCGUCACGAGUCAUGAUAUUGUUGUUAUAGCUGAGGCACAUUUGAAAGACACUAUUGAGGAGAAAGACAUAGCUUUGGAAGGGUUCCGUAUUUUCCGGGUGGAGAGGUCAAAGGAAGCCCUGAGGGCCGAUUAUGGAGGCGUCGUGCUGUAUGUACGGGAGUCACUCACGAGGGGUAUUACGGUAGUGCACAAGGACAACCAGCUGCCAGGGUGCGAGGUCAUUUGGGCACGCGUUAGCCUUUCUACAGGUAGUAGUCUCCUGAUGGGAGCCUGCUACCUCGCACCAGAGACGUCCAGGGUCUACCCGGAUGGUGGAGGCACCGUAUCACAGCGCACUGCAGCAGCAAAAGCCGUUUUUACCAGGAUCCAACAGUCACUAACGGAACUCAGGCUUGGCGAUGAGGACGUACUGAUAGCCGGGGACCUUAACGCACGUCUGUCUGGAGCACAGCAUGAGCGAAACCGUGCUAUCCCGAUGGACCUACCUGCUUACGUGAACGACAUCCCGGAUUUAGAGCAGUCGCAGGCUGUAUGCGAGGUCAUGGGUUUUGAAGGACUGAGGGACUACCAGAAUUAUGAUGGACUCGGAAAUCGAAAGCGCCAGGACCAAGUUUGCAAUUUCUUUGGUGCCCAGCUUGGGGCACUCUGCAGAUCCGAGGGACUGCUCGUGAUGAACGGCCGGAUGAGAGGGGACCCAGAAGGCCGCCUAACUUUCCCUAAGGGGGAGGCAGGCGGUAGUAUGAUCGAUUUAUUCAUAGCGACUCCGCGUGUGCUUCAGCAGUACGCCACCUUUCUGAGGUGGAUGACGAAAGCAGGUGUAGGUAAAGGCUGGAAAGCCCGGGUGGAGUUUGAUAUUGCACGAUACCAGGAUUAUGCGGAAUAUUUUGAGGGGGGGUCCCCUACUAUGAAUGCCUUAAGCCAAGUGGCCGAGGACCUGCAGAGGGGAGUUUGCAACACCACACAAGCUGUCGAACGCAUUGGAGGUGCCCUGUACAAAGUCCUGGUGGGGAUACGGUUUGGUGGAACCGGGAAUGUCAACAAACACGGCAACGCAUGUUGGAGAGUAGAGCCCAACUGGGUCCAGGCCGGGUGA